UACAUGGUACAGCUUUAUUUGACUUUACAACUUGCGUACGGACAAACUCGAGGAAGUAUAUUAGUUAUUUCAUUUAUAAGUUAUAAUAUGGUUAGCUGAUUGAUUAAGUAUACCGCUACCCAGCCACAUCUUUGGUCAGUCAAGAAAAGUCGGGCUUUGAUUUCUUCCAGUGCUGGCGCAUCAACCAAGUCAGCAGAAACUUUGGUGCCUCGCGCUGAUCGCUUAAAAAGCUUCCAAUGUCUUUGUUGGAGGAUAUCUUGCAUGUACUGCGCAUGGUCCUGGAGUAUUUUGGAGCUCCUCCAGAAAUGUUGGUUCCCGUGUGGGACUGUGAGCUGUGUGGUCAGUAUCGCAGCAUUGUGAGGAUGAUCGGGACAAAUCUUCCACUGCAGCCACCUCCAAGGGUCCACUUUCAGAUUCCACUCAUCUCCCAUAAGCCUCAGGGUUAUGUGGAUGUCUCCAUGGAUACCCCCACCAUCCCCUCGUUUGCUGACAUUUUGUGGGUCUGUGAGGAUGAGGGGAACAGCUCUACAAGGACCAGGAACCAUUUGCUAUUUAAUAUGCAAAAUACAGUAAUAAACAGGAAUGUAUCUACAGUCCAGAGACUAAAGCUACAUCAAAAUCAAAGAGAUUUCAGUUCGAUGAAACCACCUCCUGACCCAGAUGCCUUAAAGAAAAUCUCUGCGCUGGAGACUGAGCUUCUCAAACUUCGAGCUCAAAUCGCCCUGAUAGUUACUGCGCCUCUUGCUCCAGAUCUUGAAUGUGCGCCUGUGAUGUCCCCUCCAGCCUUGGCAUCCACACCUCUGCGUCCUCCUGCUCCAUUGCCCCCACCCCCUCCUCCUCUACCACCCUCCUGUCCCAGCACCAGUGCUCCAUUCCAGUCUGUUUCAGAGCUCAUCAAAGCUCGCAAACAAAACCAUGACAACGAUUCACAAAAGGACAGUACAAUGAUUGAGGGGAGAGGACUUCCUUCUAUGUUGGAUGUUCUCAAAGACUUGAAUCAAGUUAAACUACGCUCAGUGCAGAGAUCACCAGGGGGCACUCCAGUCAGGAAGAGGCGCAGUAAAGGGGGGAUAGCUUUGCACAGUGACCCUGCAGCUCUCAUAGCUGACGCGUUAAAGAGGAAAUUUGCCCACCAUCACCAUAAUAAUUCCUCAGAUAAAGAAAAUUCACGGGAACUAUCGCCUUUUAGCAGUCCAGAGACACCCAAGUUCAUUCACCACCGACGGAGCCAAGGCCGACGUUACAUGUAAAUUAUUUUCAAAAAGCCAAUUUCAUCCUCAAAGCCAAAACUUGCAGGGUACUCCUCAACUACCGCGUCAGAUAUUCUUCACACUGGCUUCCACCAACUACUGACAACUUUGUUUCUCUGUUCACUUCUGUAAAUGUUUCACAUUUCUAAUUUAAUUGUACUUGUCUUAUCAUCUGCAUGUGUCUCUAUGUAUGUUUUGUGAGAGAUUAGGUUUUGCUAUUUUUAUAUAAAUUACAGCUUUACUCUAUGUAAUUGUUUAAAAGAAGAGAAUGCAUAAUGUAUAAUUCAAGAGGUGCAGCUUACAUUUUUCUUAAUAUUUCUAAUCACAAGAGAGAGGUCAUUAGUUUUAUCUAUGCAACUGCUGUAUUCAUGUUGCCUUGAUUAAAAUGCACAGAUGUUUACAACAU